AGCGAAACGGCACGAGUGUCGAAAUUUACGCAUACAUACAUAUCUCGAAUAUUAUCUGGCCAAUAUAUUGGAAGCUUGGCUGUUGGUGAAAAUUUAAUGAAGCAAUUUAACGAUGACACGGUGACCGAUGGUUUAGAUUAAACGGAAACAUACGCGAUAGUGGCCGUGUCGUUUGGAAAAUGCCAAGCAUACUCGAGCGUGACGGCAAUAGAACUCUCUGAGAAAGGGUUUUGGUUGAUUUAUCGAGUAACAUAGCGUCCGACACUUGUAUAACUAUUACGUACCGACGGAAUAGAUUUAUUGGGAAACUUAAACGUCAGAUCCUUUCAGGUAGAAGCAUAAGCGUUAAGGAAUAUUUCUGAUCGACGGAUUAAUUGAUUUCUUAUUUAUCUGGGACAAUCCUCGAUUUUUUAUUUUAUUAUUAUUUUAGUAUUAAUUAACACGGCAUUUAAUUGUGUACAUCGUACGAUAAACCUUGACUUUUGCUACACGAAAUUCCAUCGAAAUACGGUCGUCAAGCGUAUUAGACAUCUAGCGACUCGUUACAUAUUAAUUAACUUCUCACCAAAAAUCCAUAGUAAGCUUUAAUUAAAGCCUGUAUUCUUAGAGAGGUCGAGUAAAUGGCGAAGUGUUAAUUAAGUCUUAAUUAAUUAAUCCUAAAGGACAGGAAACAAACGGAAAACGUCUGUAACAAUUUGUAAAAAAAAAAAAAAAAAAAGAAUCGUUACGUCAAUUUGAGAUUACACAAAUUAGGAAGUCAACGUCAAGACGCUACGAAGAAUUAGGGAACGAAGAAGAAAAGUACAUAAAGCGAAUCAUCGUCGUCCGCAUGGAGUAAUAUUCAGUUAAACGACCUGUCAAACUUUCGACGUUUGACGUGGAAGAGCCACAUUGCGAUGAAAACGUUUGCUCGAUUUGCUCGGGGCAAACACAGCAGGAGGAGGUAGAUGCCGGAAAAUGGCAUGAAAUAUUUCGACGCGGCUAGGCUCUCGUCGAAAUUUAAGUAGCGAAAACCCGCGUUAGUCAGACACGAGGGUGAUACUUGAAAGUUAAGAAAGUGAAACUCGAAGAGAAGAACGAUAACGAACCAUUUUACGGUCUACCUUUAUUAGAUCCUCGAGGCGAAAUUUUCCAGGUAUUCUCGCUGAUAAGAAUCGUUGUUUUUAUUCAUUUUUCUUACGGCAGUUUCACUUCUUUCUCACUUUUCAUUUUUGUGUACUCGCUUUAUUUUUCAUUCUGUUGUUUUUCUACUUUUUUGCCUCUUUUCGGAAAGACGAAUCGCCGUUCGUAUACGUUCGAUAUCGGAUAAGCGGAUAAGGACAGAAAAAGGAAGAGUCUGUGUUUGCGAUAUCGAAUGGUUACUUUGUACCCGCGAUCUUUUCGCUUUGUAUUGUUCGUAUCUAUACGACCGGCCACUCUUUUUUCCCCCUCGUGUUUUUCACUUUCAGUCAAAUUAAUUGUGUUUGCACGUAAAGAAGUUGAUCGGACGGAUAGGAAAAUGGGGAACAAUCGUGCAGUAAUUCUUGGUUUUAAUAUCGGAUUUGCGAUAAUAUCGGAGUGCGAUAUGUUCUGUACUUGGAAUCUUAUAUUACCAGUUUUAGAACGGUGCUUCAUUUAUCCUUCUUAGUUAGAGAUUUUAGAAGAAAUCUUAACUUUGAUCGCCAAUAUAGUUACUAGAAAAUUGACUCGAUACUAAAUUACAGCAUGUUUCAAAGAUUUUAUUACACGGCUUAUUUUGAUACACGUUACGCGAGGCGCUUAACAUUAGCAAAUUGUUCCUUAAUUCAUGAACGGUGACAUAUGUAUAAUAUACGUUAAAGUCUAUUGGCUAUUUUGCUCUACUUAUCCACUUACAAAUACAUUAUUCAACUUUUUCAGAAACUUUCGAAGAAGCUGAAGCUAAUAGUUCUUUUCUUCGGACUAACUCGCGACAAAUUCGUUUUCCAACCAUUUUAUUUCUUCUAAACACUAGGUUCUGCUAUCGUUAUCUGCGAGAACUCGCGUGAAAAGGAUCGAUGAUAGAUCACAGUUCGUUUCACCACCUUUUCGUAUCGUCGACUUCGCAGAAAAAUGAGAAAUAACUGUCACUGGUCCGUCAGACUGGCCGCGUUAUUGAUUUACUUACGCAUGGAACAGGAUGAUUUACGACAGUGCUUUAGGUCGCUGCUCGGAUAUUCCUUUCCGAGGACGCUAUCGAUCCGAACGAUUAGCACAAUGUUUCUACUCCUCAAACCUGAUCGUUAUUCUCGUAACUUUUACAUCUUUUCGAUUGCAAUCUCGCGAACAGCCUCCUAUUUUUGUAGAUUUCUAUCAAACUGGUGCAUGAAUAUUUACAUAUAUGUGGUAUUAAAAUUCCCAUAACAGUUCUCUGUUCUAGCUUAAAACCGCUCGCAUCUGCAUGUGCAUAGAUAAUAUUCUUCUGUCUUCGACGUUAUCGUGCGCCAGCUUUCACGCGAGUGUUCUCUUCUUCCCGAGAUAAUCAACUAUUCCUAUCUGUGGUAUUAAUAGUAAAUAAAUGGUUUUUUUCUAGCGAACAAGAGAUUAUUAAGAUGGAAUUUUAAAAGCCGCAGAACUACGUAGUGUCGUUUAACCUGAAUAAUUAAAAAUAGUCAAGGAGAUUAUAAAGCUGUUGUGCAGCUAAUGCCAUUUUCCUUUCAUAACAAACUUUCUACGAUAUUCCACGAAGAGGAAGGAAACGAUAAGUCUCCGGUGUAGCGUUAGUUAAAAUAAUAAUAAAUACGAUAUAAAAUACGAUAGAGACGAAGAGAAAUGUUAUAUUCAACGUAUCUGAUCCCUCUCGGUGUUUUGCUUUUAUUAAAAUCCUCCACUUCGGCGGAACACUCUCGGAACCACGAUAAAUUCUACUCGUCGAUCGAGAGCAAGCCCUUAUCUAGCCAGGAGACUGACAACCUGAGGCUGGUGUUGAAUUUCAUUCGCCAAUCCCCUGAGUUUCAUCCGCUCACGUUCUCCGUAAUACUGCCGGAGUUUCAAUCGAGCUUCAUCGAAUUUUUGCUGAGCUAUAUCGGGCAGAAUUCGAUCGAGGCCUACAAAGUCAGGGCGAGGGAUCUGUCCCUGAAGGCCACUUGGAUGAGCCGGCUACGACUCACUUGGAUCUUCGUCGUUCAAGACUUGUCCAGUUUUAACAUCUUCGUUUAUUGGCAAUGGAAUCUGUGGAAAGCCGGAAACCAGUAUUUGAUUAUCUUCACUGGAAAAGUAGUCACCACGCUCUGGACGGAGGCUUUCACAAACUUGUGGAGAAAGUACGACGUUCAUCGAAUCGUCGUUGUCGACGAUGAUUUUCGAUGUCUGACCAGGUACAUGCCGCUCGAGAAACGAUCUAACAAUGACUUUGGCAGGGUAUACAAAUCAUGUUUGAAGAAAAAUCAUCUUACCAAGCGAUCCAGCGAGUACGAUCUUCUUAAAAAUCCGCCAAAAGGUAAUAAUUCGGGAUAUCCAGACGAGAUUCUUCGACUGAACAGAGAUACAAGGUUAUUCGAGAAUUUCCAAAACUUGAAUCAUUAUCCCCUGAACGUGCUGGUGUUCGAGUCUCUGCUGAUGAACGUUUCAUAUGAUACUCGGAAUAGACUGGAAUUGAGCAAACCAGACGCUAACGUGGCGUUUGCUCUGAAGAAGGCGAUGAGGGCAACAUUUCGUAUAAAAGCUAUGAGGAAGGUUGAUUUCAUGGAUGAUCCAUUCGCUACUUCGUUGACAGGCAUCGAGACUAGAAACGUGGACAUGGUUAUCACCGGAUUUUUCGUCAAGGUUUAUAGCAAAUUUCGAAAGUUUCAGUUCACCUGUGCCAUGUACGAGGACAAGCUGUGCUUCGUGUCGCCCGAUUCUGGUCUGGUACCCAAGGCUUACAUGCCUUUCUUACCGUUUCAGAAGAGCUUAUGGUUUCUGCUAAUAGCAUAUAACAUUACGGUUACGUUCCUGUGGUGGUUGGCGAAACACAUUAGCGAAUCGUUGCGACGUCAAUACAAAUGUGCCAAUCCUAGUCGACGAUUAGAAAUUAAUCGUUCAACGAGAAAACCACAAGCACGGUAUCUUUCCAAAAGUGGAAUAAAAAAUUAUUUUCUAAUCAAAGAACAUCGUUCCUCUGAUGUAUCUAAUUACAAAGAACCACCAGAAAUUCCCCGAUACAUCAAAAGACCGAUCAUUUUUAUCGAGCAUCUUACCUAUCCCUUUCAAACGAGCGAAAUUCCAGCGCAGAGAGCUCUACUCCUCGGCACCCUAUUUUUCGCUCUUAUCCUCAAUGGGCUGUAUCAAAGCGUGUUGGUAUCUAGCCUAAGUAAACCGUUCCAUUACCCUCAACUACAUAAUCUAGAAGAUGUAGUAGAUUCUGGGAAGAUCGUGAUCACCAAGUAUGCGAAUCUGAAGAACGUGUUCCUGGACGAUUCCGAACUAGACGCGAUGCUGGUUCAGAGAAUUCGUGUGAUUAACACUCAACGAUCUACGAAGGAUAUUGUGGCGUACGAAGAUAAAAUCGCCAUCACCAGAUAUUACACGUUGGAGCUCGAAGAUUCCGACUAUUUCGACAAAGAAGGAAAUCCCCUAUUGAACUUGGUGGACGAAUGUCCGAUGAAUUAUAGAGUGUCUUACGUGUCACGAUUGCAUUCACCUUACGCAGAGAAAGUCGAUUUCGUGUUGUUAAGGUUGAGAGAAGCGGGUCUGCUUAAUUUCUGGUUCGAUGAUAUGUUGUAUCGUAUUAAGAUAGCUAAGAUAAAGAAAAGGAGAUUGAACAAGGAUAUGGCGGCGAUGAAGAGCUGGAUGAGCGGCAGGAUCAGAUUAUCGCUGGAUCAUUAUUUAUUAACGUUCUUAUUGCUGUUCGUUGGCCUGUUUGGAUCUGCCGUGAUGUUCUUCGUGGAACUGUACAUCGCGAAACGAAGCAGAAGAAAAUGUUAAAAUAAACAAAAGGAAUGCUCGUUUCAAAACUUAUUUCUUUUAGGGGAAAAUUCAAACCGAGAAAUUGCUCGUGACCAGAAACAGAGAAAAAAUAUAAAAUAUGUAUUUUGUUUGUUGGUUGUGUAACAAAAAAGUUUUACCACUAUCGUGCAGUUAACACGAAUUUUUCUAUUUGGAUUUAUACCGCGUAUUUUCAAUGUUGACAUCCCACUAACGGUUUGAGUAGACCAACAGUUUUUUCCACGAUGAAACAAUUUCUGACAUUUUUUCUACUUGCUUCUUAUUUUCCCAUUUGUUUGGUUUUCCAGGCGGAAUACUGGUAAAUUUAAGAACAGAACAGCUGGUGAUCGGCCGAAUCGACGAUUUGUUAUUUUCGCUUGAACCAAUCCUUCUUCGCGUCGUUGAGACACGAGCGAUCCUAUCUAUUAUUUGUCUCCAUUCAUCUACUUGACAUGAUAAAAGGAAAUAUCUUUUGACCUACUUUAAACAGAAACAGAUCGAUAAUUGUUUUUUCUAUUAUCUAUUAUAAACGAAGAAAUAAGAAAACAAAAAAUGUACACUCGUUGCUUUCGAUCAAGAGACUUAAUCAACCGAAACAUUAAUUAUACAGGUCGCAUCGUGAAGAUUGAUUAAUAAUUAAGCCGAUGUACUAAUGAGGUUCUAUGUACAUCGUUAUUAAUGAGAGGCAAUUAAAAGUGUAUGUAAAUCACGGCUAUAAUACGUCAAAUGCAAUUUGAUAUCGUGACGUUUGGUGCAUUAAUUAUAAUAGAAGCGUUUUAGAAUUAUUAUAAAAUCACGCGAACGAUGGUCGCACCUCGAUGGAUUUAAUAUUCUAAGCACGUACUUCGUUUCUUCACAGCAGAUGCUCCACUAAAUGCGAUUAAGUUGUACCUGUCUGUGUUACGAGAGUGUUUCUCUGAUACUCUUUUUCCCGUUGUCCUCGGGAACGAUUGAAUCUGAAUCUGUUGAAAUAAAUCAGCGCGAUCAGAGAACGAAAAUCUCGUACCCUGGCAGAAAACAUAGUCUUUAUGUAAUUUCCUACACGAUUGAUUUUGCUUAUUCUUUUAUACUGCUCAUACUGUUCGUUUCUAAUUUUCAUGUAUACAUCGGUACAAUAGUCUGGUGAUAGUCGGUUUGUCGUUCCAUAAAUGAAUUCGUAAAAGCUGUUAAACUGAAUUAUAAAUAGCGCUAUAAAAGAUAUGCAUAUAAAUCUCGCUUCGUGGGGCAUCCAUUUUCCAUGUUCUACUCUUCUGAACACAGCCGUCACCCGCUUUGUUUUUAUUUUGCUUUUUCUGUUACGUGUAAAAACGUGUAAAAAUACGGCUAGAAUCGUUAAAAACUACACGUCGAUGGAAAGUGCUGAUCACAGGUUAAAAUUUGUUUUUCUUUUCUGUACAUUUCAGUAAAUCAAUAUUAUUGAUAAA